CAAACACACGUUGGCGUGACGUCUCUACAGAGAGAGCGCGAGCGUGUCGGAGCCUGCAGGUGGUCUAUGUGGGAGAAGGGAGGGAGCAGAGGAGCUGCGGAGCACCGAAUGAACAAGCGUUACCUUCACAAACAGCGAGUGGCUUCUUUAUUCCUCUCUUUCUUUGUCCACCGCCAGCACGCGCCAUGGCGCCCCGCCGGUACAGCCCGAGCAGCUCCGCCGCCGUGCAGAGCGACACCGCCGCUGGAGCAGCACCCCCGGCUCGCCACUACGGAGAACCACACAAGUUUGAUCCUUCCUUCAGAGGUCCAGUCCGCAGAAGAUGCUGCACUGAUAUCUUAUGUUGUUUGAUCUUCAUCAUUGUCAUCUUCUCAUAUAUGGCCCUGGGGAUAGUGGCCUGGUUACAUGGGGAUCCCAGGAAGGUGCUCUAUCCGACAGACAGCAAUGGCCAGUUCUGUGGUCAGAAAGGGACUUCUAAUGAGAGGAAACCCAUCCUAUUCUAUUUCAACAUCUUGAAAUGUGCCAACCCGGCUAUACUAAUCAACCUUCAGUGCCCCACAACUCAGAUGUGUUUGUCAAAGUGCCCAGACAGGUUUGCCACCUACACUGAGAUGCAGCUGCAACAUAAACUCAGCAAGAGUUACUGGGAAUAUUACAGACAGUUCUGUAAGCCUGGCUUUAAUAACCCUGACAAGCCAGUGUCUCAGGUUCUGCGAGACGAGGACUGUCCCUCCAUGAUUGUACCUAGUAGACCAUUUCUCCAGAGAUGUCUCCCAGACUUCAUCACUCUGAAUGGGACUUUGACUGUAGCCAACAGAACCAGCUUUAAAGAUGCUCUGGAAAUGGCCCAUAGUGUGACUGAACUUCAACAUGCUGCCAAGGGUAUAACAGGACUGGUGGACACCAGGGAUCUAGGCAUGAAGAUAGUGGAGGAUUAUGCCAAGUCAUGGCCAUGGAUACUCAUAGGUCUGCUGAUCUCCCUGGCUGUUAGUCUGCUCUUCAUCCUGCUGCUGAGGUUCACAGCUGGCGCUCUGCUCUGGGCUACCAUCAUCACUGUCAUCCUACUGCUGGCAUAUGGUAUGUGGUACUGCUCCAUGGUACUGUCCCAGCUGAGACACACUGCUGGCUCUGAAGUUGCCAUUGUAGAAGUCGGCCUGCACACUGACCUGCAUGUCUAUCUACAACUCACACAGACAUGGAUUAUAUUAUUGGUGUGUCUGGGACUGGCAGAAGCUUCCAUCCUGUUGAUGUUGAUCUUCCUGAGGAGACGAGUGCGAGUGGCAAUUGCCCUGCUCAGAGAGGCAAGCAAAGCCAUCGGUUGCAUCAUGUCCACGCUGUUCUUUCCAUGCAUUACCUUUCUCUUGGUGACUGUUUGCAUCUCCUACUGGGCCAUUACCGCUGUGUACCUUGCAUCGUCAGGUGAGGCUGUCUACAAGGUGAUGUCUCCUGAUGUCAGCUGUCCCUAUGCCAACGGCACAUGCAACCCUGAGACUUUCAACAGGAGCAACAUCUCCCAGUCAGCGCUGUGCCAGGCUAGUCAGUGUCUGUUUGCCUUCUACGGUGGCGAGACGUCCUAUCACCGCCACCUCUUCCGGCUGCAGCUCUACAACCUGCUGAUCUUCCUCUGGCUGCUCAACUUCAGCUUGGCCCUGGAGCAGUGCACCUUGGCUGGGACCUUUGCUAGUUACUAUUGGGCCAGGAGGAAGCCUCAGGAUAUCCCUUCAUGCCCACUCUUCUCAUCUUUCAGCAGGGCUAUCAGGUAUCACACAGGCACCCUGGCCUUCGGAGCUCUCAUUCUCUCAGUCGCACAACUGGUCCGGAUCGUAUUGGAAUACCUAGAGAACAAACUAAGAGGCAUUGACAACAGCCUGUCCAGGUUCAUCAUGCACUGUCUGAAAUGCUGUUUCUGGUGUUUGGAAAAGGUCAUACGCUACAUGAACCGUAAUGCCUAUAUCAUGGUGGCCAUCUAUGGGAAGAACUUCUGCAGCUCAGCCAGAGAAGCCUUCUUCCUCCUGAUGAGGAAUGUGGUCAGGGUUGCAGUUUUGGACCGAGUGACAGACUUCCUGUUGUUUCUGGGCAAAGUGCUGAUAGCAGGAGGAGUUGGUGUUGUUGCAUUCUUCUUCUUCACAAGGAAGAUCCCAGUUAUCCAGGAGGAGGAGCCCAACCUCAACUACUACUGGGUCCCCCUGCUGACUGUGGUGAUGGGUGCCUACCUGAUUGCUCAUGGAUUCUUCAGCGUCUAUGCCAUGUGUGUUGACACACUCUUCCUCUGCUUCUGCGAUGACUUGGAGAGGCACGAUGGGAGUUCAAGAAAACCUUUCCUCAUGUCCCCAGAGCUGCACAGAAUUUUGGGAAAAUCCAGUCAGUUGCCUUGAUAUGUAAUCCUCCUGUCCCGUCCCUGAGCAACCGGUGCUGAGUGGACCAUGCUCUCCGUAACACUGAGCAGGGCUGACAGGUCGGACUGCUAAGCAACAUGUGGAUGCACAGGAGCAGCAUCCCUCAUGAUAACCACUGGGCAACAGUGACAGCACAUGUCAGACAUGUAUGGAACCAAUAGUAAAGUCAGAAUCAAAGACUUCCAGUUCCCUUCCAGUUGCAGUUGGUCUGAAGUCAUGUUUAAGAAAUGAGUCAGUGAGAAGAACCUUGUUUUGUAUUCAGUGCAGUUCAGAUUCAGUUCAUGUGUUUGAAAAAGCCUCCUUUGAACGUGUAAUUGUACCUUUUAAUGUGCUGUGUGUUUUGGAUGAAUGUUUGAAAAAAUGUUCGGCAAAAAAUUGAAAAUGUGUGAAAAUCAGUUUGUACCAAAAGCUCCACCUCAAGUUUCAAAUCAUUUAUAUAACCUGUUCGUUUUAUAAGAUGGAUUGAUUUUGUAUUGGGUCUUUGUUUUUUUAUUUGUAAAGCGGAUUUAAUUAAAAUAUAAUAAAAA